AUGGCACUGAUUUUGGGUUCUCUAAGUGUCUGCCAUUGCACCACACCAUCGUCACCACCACCGCCACUGGAGAGAGAGCUUGCGAUGCAUCAAAGCACUUCUCAGAAAUCGGUAAACACGCAGGUUGUAGACCCUCCCAACAAUCAUCCCGAUUAUCGCGAUGACAAGGGUGUCACAAAAGUCUACUUUGACAAUGAGGCUCCUUUGAAAAUCAACUGUACCUACCCCAAAACCCACAGACCUGUAAUAUGGGAACGCACUGACCUCAUCUAUCCCCUAGCCGUCGGCACCCACAUCUUCUCCCCGGAUCCUCGAAUCAGUGUCCACUAUCCCCACGAGACGUUGAGUCAGAUAAUGAUUGUCAACGCAACCAAAGACGAUGCCAAGAGGUAUCGCUGUCAAAGCAGUCCACAAAAACCGCCAAAAUGUGCCAGUCACAUGUGUGUGGAGAAGAAUGAGGCCUUUGAGCAAACCUUUCGUGCUAUCUAUGGCAUAAAACCAUCUACAAAGAUGCAAGCGAUGGCCUCUGAUGCAUCCACGUUGAAUGUCAAGUCGUCAGUGACUAUCUCGGGUCCCCAAAUGGCUUUUUACGGGAUGCCGCUGGAACUCAUCUGCCGGGCAAAUUUCUCCUCACCCGAGGCCAAACGUGAUCCACUGAUAAGUUUAGAAUGGUACCACAAUGGCGUUCGUCGACGACCUAGUCGAGUUCAAUCAGGUGGUACUUUCAUCUCAUCUCGAUGGGUGGACUCAAAUCUACUUGAAUCGCGUCUCCUUAUCACCUGGAUCUCUGAAUUGGAGGCUGGAAGGUGGAACUGCGUUGAACGCAGUCAUAUAAACAGGCGGAGAUUGGUGAAUGACCCCGUACCAACGCCUUCCAUGUCUUUCGAUCAACUGAACCUCCAGAUUAUGGGUAAGCAUCUGACGCUAUCUUAA